AUGGCUGCCCAAAUUCAUCCCACCUUCAAACUUGCGAGCGGUUACGAGAUCCCUCGUUUAGGAUUUGGAGUUUACAAGACUCCAGCGGAUGAAGUAGAGCGAUGUUGUCUAGAAGCAUUCAAAGCUGGUUAUCGUCUUAUCGAUUCAGCAGCCAAGUACUACAAUGAGCCCGGUUGUGGUAACGCCAUUCGAGCUUCUGGGAUCCCUCGAGAUCAAAUCUUCUUCACCAGCAAGGCUGGCGAUGUCAGCUACGAGCAAGUCAAAGCACAAGUCGAUAAAAGUCUUGCCGACUCGAAGCUCGACUAUAUUGAUUUGAUGCUUCUUCACAAUCCCUUCGGUGGGUCUGAGAACCGCAAAGGUGGCUGGAGAGCUCUUGUUGAGGCUGUUGAAGCAGGCAAAGUCCGCUCUAUUGGUGUCAGCAACUAUGGUGUGCACCAUCUUGACGAACUUGAAGAACACAUUAGCGAGUUGGAGGCAGAUCGCGGCGGCAAAGGUAGAGGUGGUGUUGUGAGUAUCAACCAGAUCGAGCUGCAUCCAUGGCUGGCCCACAGUGAGAUCGUCGACUGGUGCAAAAAGCGUGGUAUCCUUGUCGAGGCCUUCUGUCCUAUUGUGCGUGGUACCCGUUUUGACGAGCCACUUGUUCAACAGCUGGCCGAGGAGUAUCUCAAGACACCAGCUCAGAUCCUUAUUCGGUGGAGUAUUGACAAAGGCCAUGUCCCUCUGGUCAAGAGUGUCACUCCAUCACGGAUUGCUUCCAACGCUGAAGUUUUUGAUUUCUCGCUUACAGAAGAUGAGGUUCAAGAGCUUGAAACAGAUGAGUAUGGGUCUAUCUCGUGGAAUCCCACUCGCUCAACAUUGGAGGAUUAA